AUGUCUUCCAACGCCGCCUCAAUCUACGUCAAGCACAACAACGGCCGCGUGGAGCUCGUCGCGAAAAUCGACAAGCAGAAGCUAUGUCUCUUCUCCCGCCACGCCGACCGCCGCUUCAAGAGCGCGCCGACUCGAGACAGAUCCUGCACUGAGCCCAGCCCUUUCCUCGUCCACCAGCCCGCCCACCUUGAUGUGGACAUCAUCCCGUCCAUUCGCAUCAUUGUGCGCUGGAUCGAGGAAUACGACGAAGCCAACCCUGCUCCUCUCAACAUCUCCAUGAUCCCAAAUCCGCCCAGCCCAGGCACUCUCGGCCCCUGGAUCGGGCCAGAUAUCAAGCAGGCGGUAGACCUGUACUUUACCUGCUUCCACAUCUUCGUCGACCGUCAUCGUCGCGGCGACCUGCUCCACCGGCAAAUCAAGGACUAUACCAAGCAGUCCUCCAUCAGCCUCAACGAGUUCCAGAUGAUCUCCGAAAUCCUCUCGUUCGAUACCGCCCUUAUCCACAGCAUGAUGAAUCAGGUCAUCUACGACUCGAUCAAGGGGAAGAGUGUGCCGGAGUGGGAGAAGAUCAAGCAGUAUUGCAUUGAGGUGGGAAAGUGGCAGGAGAUGUGCAAGAUUGCGGAGGAUAUUGUGAAGAAGAUCCAGGACGCGAAAGAAACGGAUGCGGGUCGGAAAGGAGCGGCAUAA